AUGGCAGACACGGAUGAAGACUAUUACCUCCCGCCCCAGGAUCAGCGCGUCUUCGGAGCCGGCAUAAGACGCAAGAAGAUCAACUUCGUUCCCGCAUCCUCUUCGGAUACACAAUUACCUAGCUCAACACCGUCGACCUCGACCAGCGCCGCGUCUCGCUAUCUAGCUAUUGUUCUCCCACAUGCUGGUGACACUCGGAGUAAAGAUGCGGAAGCAGACUUGAGCCCAGAACCUCAAGCCCUGUGCGCCGUUUGCAAUCAGCCCAUCUCAUCCACCGAGGACGCACUCUCUACAAACCAUGAGACCUCAAUCGCGCAUCAAGUAUGCCUGAAACACUCUCAUCCGCCGUCUGAUCUUGACCGCGAUCGCGUCGGUCUACGAUACUUGUCGAGCUAUGGCUGGGAUCCCGAUUCUCGAAGAGGACUGGGAGCAAGAGAAGAGGGUAUCAGAGUGCCUAUCAAGACGAAGGAGAAAAACGACACGGCGGGCCUGCGCGAAACGAUCGACGAGGACGAAGUGACUGUGGCAAAGAAGAAGCAUAACGCCAAAAAGAAAGAAGACAAGAUCGUGAAAUUGGACGCAAAACAAGUCCGGAUCAUGGACCAUGAAGCAAAGAAACGGGCCGAGAAGUUGAGACAGCUGUUCUACGGUCCGGACUUGAAAAAAUAUUUGGGUCCAGACGCUUGA